AUGCCAUUAAUAUGUGUAGGGAUGGAGCUGGGAGGAAAGAGUAGCGAUCCACCAUUGCCAACAUGGUUUCAGGAAUUGCGACAUGUGGUGAAAAUUGUGGGUAUUAACGAAGAAAUUGUUGAUAGAGAUUUAUGGCAUCUAUUUAAACUGUUUUAUUGCAAAAAGUAUUGCAGGCGGAAAUAUUCAAAAGAACGUAUGAGAACAGUUUCGGUAGCCCUUGUGCUAUGUCUGAACAUUGGUGUCGAUCCACCAGAUGUUCAUAAGCCAAAUCCUUGUGCACGGAGGGAAUGCUGGAUUGAUCCACUGGGAAUGAAUCCUCAAAAAGCAGUCGUCAAAAUCGGGAAUGCACUCCAAAAAAGUUAUGAACGUUGGCAACCGCGUGCAAG